AUGUUUGAUCGUCUAAAAUAUUAUUAUCAAUUGAAACAAUUAUUGGAUCCAAAAAAUCGUCAAUGGUGGUUAUUCGAAUUCAUAAUACUCACCAUUGAAACUGGACGUUUUUUAUUCUAUGCCAUUCUCAGUUUUAUGGAUGAAUCUGUUUUACGAUCAUAUUGUCCAUAUGAUACAACCGCUGCACCAUUAUUUGAUUAUUUUAAUCAUUUGAAUGAUGGAACAUCAUUGAAUCUUAAUGAUUGCCGUAUUACAUCGAUUAUAAUGACAAUAUUUUUUAUUUUUAUUCUACAUUGUCAAUAUGUAAUAUUUUUGAUUGAUCGAAAUUCACUUGCAUAUCGUACAUUAUAUGAUGUUUCUAUUCGUAAUUAUGAUUAUUUUAAUGAUUCAAUUAUUCAUGAAAAAGAUAACAAUCUUAUACGAACAGUGUUGAAAAUAUUGAAUAAUAAUAAUAAUAGUAAUGAUUUUAUUGAAUCAAUAUCAACUACAACAUCUACUUCACCGAAAAUUAUUCAUAAUUCAUUAGUGAAAAUGUUGAAAAAAAAUCGCAAAAGUUUUAUUGAUAAAUUCUUUAUUUAUCUAAUGUCAAAUAUUGAUCUUUAUAAGUUUGAAAAAUUACGAUUAAAAAUAUUCACCUAUGCUGGUUUGGAACAAAGAAUUGCAUUCGUAAUGACAAUGUUAAUAUUAGAUUUUUUGAAUGUAUUUUUGUUUAUAUUGGGUGUAUCUACUACAUUAAGUUUUGGCUGUUUCAAAUAUUUUAAUUUUAUUCGUAUUCAUAUUGGUCAUGAUGUUUGGAAUAAUGUAUUCUUUAUGGGAGUCAUGGCCAAUGUUCCAUUGAACAUAACGUUGAUAUAUAAUCUUGUAUUCAAAACUAAUUCAUUGAAUAAGGAAUUUAUGUAUCUAAUAUUCUUAAUAUUUCAAAUGUAUAUUCUAUGCGCAAUCAUGUUACCGAUUAUACAGUUAUGUAUGAAAGAAUUUUCAAUUAAAUGGCAGGUUAAUGAAUUCUAUGAACGUUUAACAACCAAAGGUAUUGGUUUUGGUUAUUAUUUGGGCGGUAUUGCUAUUAUUAAUUAUCGAAAUACUUUUGAAGUAUGUGUUUUCCUUAAUUUAUAUAACUGA